AUGGAAAGCCAGUUUGUGAUAGUUGGGCUGGUGGAUGUGAUUGUGGUUGCAACAGGGGUUAUUAUUGCAGGAAUCGUUGUGAAAGUUGCGAGAAUGAGGUUGCAGAAAUUUGUGACAAGUGCUACAGGAAAUCCUGAGAAGAUCAAGCAAAAGAUUUGCUUCAAAGGUGGUGAUUCCUUCAAGAGUACUGAAAUUCUACCUCAACCGAAGACUAAAGAACCUGAAAAGCCUAAAGAACCUGAAAAGCCGAAAGAACCUCCAAAGCCGAAAGAACCUGAAGAACCAAAAGAACCUGAGAAGCCGAAAGAGCCAGAAAAACCAAAAGAACCUGAAAAGCCUAAGCCCCCACCGCCACCUGCACCCGCACCAGCACCAGCACCGUGCUUCCCACCGAACCCGGGUGCAACCUGUUGCAGGCAAUGCUACGAGGGGCGUGGAGGGGGGCCAUGUUACCAACUAGAUAACUAUGGAGCGCCAAGAUAUUAUGACGGAUAUUGCGGGAGGCCGGUGUAUGAUAGCUGGGUUGGAGGUCGCGGUGGCGGUGGCUAUUGUUACAAAAUUAAUAGAUGUGAUUACUUUUGCGAAGAGAAUCCUAAUGCAGUUUGCACAAUCAUGUAA